AAGCCGUCCUAGGUGGCGGCUGGCUGAGGCCUGGGCUCGCAGCAGAGCAAACCGGUGCUGCCCUGCGCCUUCGGUGCGGCUUCGGCCACUCUGCUGGGGGACCGAGCGGGAGCCCACGUGCGGGGCUGGCAGGGUGGCGAGGAGGCCACGGCCCCCGGCAGCACGGGAGACCCACCGCAGCCCUGCCCUCAGCUGCUUUGUCUCCUGCGUGUGCCCGGACAGAGGCUCUGCUCUCCGCCGAGGGACACAAAAUCAGCUCGGGAAAGGCAGGUUUGAAGGGCAGGACGCGCUCAGCGCCGGGCCAUGGCUGCCGCCCUGCCGCUGCCCCUGGCACUCCUGCCCCGGGCGCUGUUGCUGCCAGUGGGUGGUGAACAAAUCAGUUCCAUAGGACGAGGCCUCUGUGUGCUGCUGGGCAUUUCUUUGGAGGACACACAAAGGGAGCUGGAGCACAUGGUUCGAAAGAUCUUGAACUUGCGAGUGUUUGAAGAUGAAAGCGGGAAGCACUGGUCCAAAAGCGUGAUGGAUAAGCAGUAUGAAGUACUCUGUGUGAGCCAGUUUACUCUCCAGUGCAUCCUGAAGGGAAACAAACCUGACUACCACAUGGCAAUGCCCACAGAGCAGGCCGAGUGUUUUUACAACAACUUCCUGGAGCAGCUCAGAAAAGCCUACAAACCAGAGCUUAUUAAAGAUGGCAAGUUUGGUGCCUACAUGCAGGUACAUAUCCAGAAUGAUGGUCCUGUAACAAUAGAACUGGAGUCCCCAGCUGCUACUGUUGACCCUAAACAGCUGACAAAACUUGAAAAACAGCAACAGAGAAAAGAGAAGACCAGAACCAAGGUACCCUCCGAGUCAAGCAGAGAAAGAAAUGCCCCCCGUAACAAGGAUGACCCCAGUGCAAGCAGUGGAGCAGAAGGAGAUGUGUCUUCAGAAAGAGAGCCUUAGCUCCUCCAAAAGUUUCUUACACAAAAGCUACACUGGAUUCAUGAAGAGAGACCCAACAGACAUUCACUUCAGACACCACUCUUCAGCAGCUUUGGGAAAGAAUGGUAAAUGGGAAAACAGAACUAAGAUGUUAGAAACCUGUCUCACUCUGUGUCAAAAGAACCAAAGCAAGGUGGUCAGGCUCAGUUGUUGAUGUGUAGUACCAGUAGUGAAAGGGACAUUUUUGUGUAUGUGUUUUCACAUGACUGCAGAACAAAGGGUGGCUGUAGGCAGGCUGUAGCAGAACAUUCACCAUCACUCCAUGAGCUCCAUUUCAAAGAUAAAUCAGGGGUUUUCCUUCCAGCUCACACUUGAAUUCUGAGAACUGGAAUUCUGAGGACAAGCAGGCUUGUGUUUUGCUGCUCCCUCGAUGGUGUCCUGUUGCCACAGCACCAUUGAGGAUCAGUGUAUUGUGGGGCAUGGUGUCCAUCUGCUACGCUAAGAGCACGUAGGCAGUCCAGUCUUUCUGCAUGGGUUAAGUUAUUCAAAGGGAAUGUCACCCCCUAGGCGUUUGUUGUGUGGAACACAUCUGUGUUGUGAACUUUUUUAAAACCCAGAAAAGACUUUAUUAAACAUCUGAUGCUAGCUGA